AUGUAAUUUCAUAUUGCACAGCAUUCAUCAUUUUUCGGGUUGUGAAAAGCUAGUGAUAAGUGAUAUGACUUUCUAGUGGUGAAAUUUAUUAAUAUAAUCAUUGUCCAAAUUAUGAAAAAAGAGUCGCGUUUCCUACUGUAUAAGUUCUUUUUAAUAAGUCUAUAUAUAUAUACAUAUAUAUAUAUGAACAUUUAAAGAAAAUAUUGAUAUUAUUAUUAUAUUGAAACUACCCUAUUUUAAGAGAUACAGUCACCAAUCUAAACAUUUAACUACAAGGGUAAAUGUCUUUUCAAUUUCCACAUGGACAUCAGGCUUUUAUUUACGACUGGUAAUUUGACAGUCGUUUUAAAAUUUAUGAAAUUCUAAAAUAUGGAAGAGACGUCUUGUAGAGAACAAUUAACGGAAAACACAGAUAUUAAUCAAGAUGAGUUAAUUCUUCAACAGCAAAGGCGAAUUGAGAUGGAGAUUUCUGAAUCCAUUGCUCUGGUUGGUGAGAAAGAACCUAUAAAAAGUUUAGAACGUGAAUAUACAGAAGAUGAAGUAUAUCUUUCAAAAGCUAAAGCAUUGGGUCAAAAAUAUUCAUACAUUAGAAGAACUAGACCAGAUGGAAACUGCUUUUUCAGAGCCUUUAGUUUUGCAUAUCUUGAAAAGUUAAUUGGAAAUAAAGAAGAAUACGAAAAAUUUCGAGAACUUGCAUUAAAAAGCAAAGACAAUUUAGUAGCAUUAGGUUUUCCUCAAUUUACUGUUGGUGAUUUUCAUGAUACGUUUAUGGAUGUAAUUAAUAAAGUAGGAGGAGAUGCAGAAUCAAGCUACAUUGAAUUACAUAAACUUUUCAAUGAACAAGGGUGUUCUGAUUAUGUUGUUGUCUACCUUAGAUUAAUUACUUCUGGUCAAUUAAGAAGUGAAGCUGAUUUCUAUCAGCACUUUAUCGAAGGAGAACGUACUGUUUCAGAAUUUUGCCGUCAAGAAGUGGAACCAAUGUACAAAGAAUCUGACCACAUUCACAUUAUAGCAAUGAGUACUGCUUUAGGAACUGGAGUACGAGUUCGUUACAUGGAUCGAGGUGCCGGGACUGAAGUAACUGCACAUGAUUUUCCUGAAGGUGCUACUCCAGCAGUUCAUUUAUUAUAUCGUCCUGGUCAUUAUGAUAUUUUAUAUCCUUGAUAAAUUGUACAAUACGAUUUUUUGGAAAGUCUCUUUCACAACAAGAAUUUAAUUAUUUAGCAAAUUGUAUCUUGUGUAUGUAGCCAAAAUUGAUAAAACUUUCAUUUGGUAAAACGUCA